CCAGUCUCCAUGGCGACUGGCACCCUGCACGCGACAACAAGGGCUGGGCGUCCGGCCUCCAUUGGCUCACCUGGAGGGGGCCCGCCACCUACUCCGCCCGCGCCACGGGCAUGAUGGUCAGGGCGCUAUAAGAGUGGAACGAGGAAAGCCGGCCGGCGCCUGAUACCCGACGAUCCCUGCACUCCGCGGGAGUGCCGAAUCUCCGCUUGCCGCUGACUGCGUGGAGCUGUGGCCCGCCCUGGCAGCGCUCUGCGGGGGAACGAUGUCCGCAAGAUCGGGUUACUACCGCCAGGAGCUGAACAAGACGGUCUGGGAGGUUCCCGAACGGUACCAGAACCUGACGCCCGUGGGAUCGGGGGCCUACGGCUCCGUGUGCUCAGCGUAUGAUGUGCACCUGCGUCAGAAGGUGGCGGUGAAGAAGCUCUCCCGCCCUUUCCAGUCCCUCAUCCACAGCCGGCGCUCCUACAGGGAGCUGCGCCUCCUUAAGCACAUGAAGCACGAGAAUGUAAUAGGGCUGCUAGACGUCUUCUCUCCUGCAACCUCUCUGGAGGAGUUUAACGAAGUUUACCUGGUGACCAAUCUGAUGGGGGCGGACCUCAACAAUAUAGUGAAGUUCCAGCGCCUCUCGGACGAGCACGUGCAGUUCCUAAUUUAUCAGCUGCUAAGAGGUCUCAAGUACAUUCAUUCAGCUGGACUGAUCCACAGAGACCUGAAACCAAGCAAUGUGGCCGUUAACGAAGACUGUGAGCUGAGGAUCCUGGAUUUCGGAUUGGCCAGACAGACGGAUGAUGAGAUGACAGGCUACGUGGCGACCCGCUGGUACAGAGCGCCAGAGAUCAUGCUGAACUGGAUGCACUACAACCAGACAGUGGAUAUCUGGUCUGUGGGGUGCAUCAUGGGAGAGCUACUGAAGGGGAAGGUCCUGUUUCCUGGCAACGACUAUAUCGACCAGCUGAAGAGGAUCAUGGAGGUGGUGGGCACCCCCAGCCCUGAGCUGCUCAAGAAGAUCUCCUCUGAACAUGCACAGAAGUACAUCCAAUCCCUUCCUUAUAUGCCUCAGCAGGACCUGGAGAAGAUCUUCAGAGGAGCCAAUCCUAUGGCGGUAGACCUGCUGAAGCGGAUGCUGGUUCUGGACUGUGACGGGCGCGUGACCGCCACUGAGGCCCUGGCCCACCCCUACUUCUCCCAGUACCACGAUCCCGACGACGAGCCCGAGGCCCUGCCCUACGACCAGACCCUGGAGAGCAAGGACCGCACCCUGGAGGAGUGGAAGGAGCUGGUGUUUGAGGAGGUCAACAGCUUCAAACCUCCCAGCAGCAAGAAGGACAGCCUUCAGGUGGAGCAGUGAGACCACGCCCCACCACCCUGCCUCCGCUCCUGGGCAGGGACCCGCCCCCGUCUGUCCGUCUGUCCGUCUGGGGUCUUGGGAGAGACUUCCAGCCAAUCAGAGAAGAUUCCUGUCCUGUAGGCGCAUGCCCCCAACCCCCCCCCCCCCCCAAAAAAUGCCCACCCCUCCUGUCCCCUUUUCUGUUUUUCUUACCGUUCAUUGAGAGAGAGAUGGGGCCCUGCGUCUGGACCCGAGGAUUUCCCUCGUCACAUGACACGGGUGUACCAGGACUUCUAGCAUAAGACCCUUCCUCUCCCGUCUCCUUUAGGAUCAACUGAUGAGCUUUUCUGUGUGGUGUUACCGCUUUUCCCUGUGUGUCGCAGAGCAGCCCCCUCUGCAAUAUGUGAUGUCUCGACACAAGAUGGACUGCAAAGGUUGACCUACUAUCCGCGCGGACCGAUAUUAGAUGUGUGGCCGAUACUCAAACGGUGCGAUUUCCUGGUGAGGAUCCGGGCGCGGCCGAAGGGGAGAAGGCGGAAGCAGUUGUCUGUCAAGUUGAGUGCCGAAGUCUCAUGUUUAGCCCCUCCUCCUGACAGUUGACAGGGCUCAACUCGCACAAGAGCCCAUCGAUCUCAGAUUGCGUCAUCGGAUGACAGAGCAGUGCACCAUACCCCGAGGCGUGUCUCCUGUGCUGCCACCGCGGCGUCCAGUGUGUGUUCGUGUGAGAGAUAAUUUGUGUGAGAUAAUGUGUGUGUGUGUGUGUGUGUGUGUGUGUGUGUGUGUGUGUGUGUCCCUUUAUUUCUCCCUCUCCCUCGCUGUGUUCUCGCAUGUCUUUUAUAAAAUGCUAACCCACGUCCAGCGCUGUCUGCCUGUUCGUGACGGCUCCCGGAAUAACUCCUCGGCGGCCUGUUCGCAUGUUUUCCCUCUCCAAAAUCAAUAAAAACCAAACUUCCAAACCUCC